UUAUAGCAGGAUUGCGGCAGGCAUUCUGACACUGGGAGGAACUUACUUGGUGUCACUGGCAUCCCCAAUGACACCAACACAGUGAUCAGUGCUAAUAAAAAGCACUGACACUGUACUAAUGGCACUGGGCAUGAAGGGUUUAACAUGUGGGGCGAUCAAAGGGUUAACUGUGUGCUGGUUAACUGUGUGCUGUGUGUGUUUUACUGUGUGCUGUGUGUUUGUGCUUCAUUGUAAGCUGACAGGGGAGAGAACUGUUUUCUCCCCCCCCCCCCCCCCCAGAGAUGCUCAGCAAUCACCGGGGGCCUGUUUGUAAUCACUGUCCGGGACCCAGUGA